UUUGUAGUAACCAUGAAGGACCGUCUGAGUGAGCUCCUUGAAUAUUCAAGACUUCAUAGUCAAUAUAUUGAAAAUGAUGAAGAAGAUCUUUCUCAAGAACUUGCUAUGUUUGAAACUGACCAUUCUUUGGAAGUCCUCUACAAUGAUAUACAGCUCAUUCGGACAGAGAACCACUUAUUAAAAGUUGAUGUAAAACGACUGGGGAAGCAAACCACACGCUUUCUCACUUCAAUGCGUCGCCUUAGCAGUAUCAAAAGAGAUUCAAACAGUAUUGCUAAAGACAUUAAGUUACGGGGAGAAGGCAUUCACAGAAAGUUCAAAGCCUCAAAAACCUUAGUGAAGGUGCUGAGAAUGUACAUGGGGAAAAUGCUGUUAUUGCACGUGUGGCUAAAGCACAAUAUAUUACUCUUA